ACAUGUCUGAGCAGAAUUUCUAUGAAGAAUAAAAGGGCCCUGUUAUCAUCCUAUAAUUUCAUGGUGGCUACGCCGACCUUGUGGAUCGCUCUUGCAUUUUGUCGCCGUGGUGUUGUCCAGCGUUUGACACGAUGUCUCUGCUUGCCUCCCCAGCGACCCGUGCGACAAAACCGCACUCAUCUUCAUGAGAGCUGCAACAUCAUGAGAUCCGGCUACAUUUUCCUGCUCCUCUACCUCCUGUGGGGUUGCUUUGUGCCAUCGAGUCAACAAGGAGAAGCAAGAUGCAAUUCGACCGGCCAGGACCCAGAUGCCGCGAGCUGCUUCCUCCAGUGUGUGGGCUCACCUGCAUCAAACACCGGAAGGGACUACAUGCGGAAUCUGAAAACAAUGCUGGAAGCGGCAAUAGAUAUUUAUACCUUCAUGAGGUCCAGUGCAAAAGGAGCGCACCUCAGCCUAGAGGGAGCCAUCUUUUUGGACCCUGACGCGGAGCCGCUCCAUAAUGAAGCCCUUGUAGAGAUGUGGAUGGAGGUCAAGGUGGCACCGCUGUUGAAGUCAAUCAACAGACACGUCCUGGUCUGCCUCAGCAACAAGAACUUUAGCUGCUCCACCUACCAAACAAUGGUGAAGGAGCUCAGCCGGCAUUUCUCUGAGAUGAAUCCUGCCAGACAACAAUGGAUCUACUCAUUCUUUAUGUAUCCCUUCCUGUCGAGAAAUGGAGUCACUGGUUGCGUGAAUCCAAAUGAGAGCAGUGAAGAAUGGCUGAUGAAGAAUUUCGGUGCUUUCAACGUCAUGGCAAGAAUCAGUGAUUUACCAGCACUCAAUAUGGUUUUCAGCGGCCUGGAAGUUCUACACCUUCUCUCCCCGGCACAAAAGGCCGAACUGCUUUUGAGGCCUGAGGUGGCGGGUUUGUCCAAGGACUCCCUCUCGCUUAUCUUCCACAGUUUGAUGUCAGAUGGCCCGCUAGCCAACACCACCAACAAUUAUGAAGGGAUCCACAACUGGACCGAGCCUGAAUACCCCCAAACGACAUACAGCCCGUAUUUACCUCCAUCCCCUCAUAACACUCUCACAGAGGUGAUCGAAGGCACCAGAAUGGCUUUUCAACCCAUCAUGAGCUUCGUUCAUAACUUUGUCACUUUCACCAAACGGAGACACGUAUCAGGAAUAAGAAGCAGCACGCUGAUGCAGUUCCUGCUCAACUGGACUCUGGCGGAGAUGGCGAGUCAUUACAGGCCCUAUUAUUCACCUGUCCCUCUGGAGGUGCCAGAAUUAGACGAAAUGAAGGACUGGUAUCGAAAUGUUGUCCUGCCCAUACUGCGGAGGUUCUCCAGUGACGAACAAUCCCUCAUGAGUGAUCAUCUCCUACUCGCCUUUCGCCAUGUGUUCAACUUGGAUCACAAUGUAGACAAUGGAACGGUCGACGUCCAGGAUGUUUGCCGCGUCGCUCUUGAUGGCAAUCCUUGUGGGUUGACUGAUGCAGUGGGAAACGUGGCACGCAUCAUGCGCUGCGCAGCUCGAACCAACCUGACCAUGUCUGAAGGGAACGUCAUGAGACUGAUUUUGGAGUUGACGGAACAUCUCAACUUAUUGAUACAGGAGUUUGUCACAGCUAACUUCACAGAAGUGGCGUCUGACUUCCGGCAGAUCUUAAGCGAAGCAGACUCUCACAGUUUUACUCAGGAUAACCUACAUGACCCGGAAUUCGUCACCAUAUGGUUUCAUAUCAAGCUAUCACCCCUCCUUCCCCACAUCCCCACGGACUUGCUAUCCUGCCUGAGCGGCAACAACUUCUCCUGUCCCGCUUACCAAGCCCUCGUUGCUCUCCUCAGCCAACACAUGAGCUACUUUGAACCCCUUUCACUACACCACCAAAACAUUUAUACGCACUUCGUCUACUUCUUCCUGAGGCGUCACAACAUGUCUGACGCGUGUUUCUCAGCUAACAACAGCACCGAAUGGCUGUGGAAAAAUUUUGGUUCCUUCUCGCACGUGGCUGACAUCGCAGACUUCUACGACCUCAACCCCAACUUCUCAGGCCUGGAGGUUCUGGAUCAGCUCUCUCCAAGACAGACGGCGCAGCUGAUGUUCCUGCCUCGCCUGACUCCUCCCGAGAAGGACGAUGUGAUUCGUGAGGUGUUUGAUUUCCUGCUGGAGUCCCCCAGAGAGAGGAGGCUUCUUGAGAUCUUGCAUGCUUUGCGCCUGGUGGCUACUGAGGUCCAGCCUCCUUGUGCAGUCUCUCAAACCAUUCUUGGGCAGCUACAAAGAGUCAUUGUGUCCGUGCCUCCUGACAUGGAGUUUCUCGUACGGGAUAAAGUAGACCAAUUCAUCCAAUCCACACCUAAAGAGUGUGUGUCUGACAACAUAAAGUGCUUGAUGAUCCAGAUCAAUGCAACUGAUGUCUGCAAGGGAAUCGACAGCUCCGACAUUCAUUUGGACUUGAGCACAUCUGUGGACAUCCCCUGCAACUUUACACUGGAGGACUAUGCGUGUUCACAGCUGCAGAACUUUACGGCAAAUCAGCUGGCGUCUCUUCUGUCGUGCAAUCUCACCGGCAACAGCAAACGGUCCAGAGUGCUAUGGAAGAUCCUGCUCAAUCAUCUUUCGCCCAUCUUGGAUCCAGCUUUGGACAUGCUGGCCAGCAUCCCCAAGAACACAAUCGGACCAUCUGCGCCUGAGAUUCUGGACGUGAUCGGUGAGACCCGCGUGGCGUUGCUGAGCGACGAACAGCUGAGGAACAGCAACGUCAUCGCCAGGUGGUUCUCAGGGCGCCUGAAGGGCUUCCUGCCGUUUGCGUCCGACAAUUUCCUGCGCUGCCUGAGCUACAGGAACCUCAGCUGUCAGUCAUAUCAGGAGAUCCUGGAGAUUUUCAAGCAACACUAUGACAACAUCACCCACACGCGGCGGAUCGGGAUCUUGCAGCAAUUCGUCGUGAAUUUCCUGUCUGGUCCAGUCUCAGGCCCAAGCUGCCUCUCAGGAUUCAACAGCAGCACAGAGUGGCUGAUGGUGAAUGUGGGUCCAUUUUCCCGGUUUUUGACCUUCGAAGAGAUUCUGCAGCUAAACCCGGAUUUCAACCCUCUGGAGGCCCUGCCUCUUCUGUCUUUACGGCAACGGCUGGACCUGCUGUUCACUCCGUCUCCCGGUCUCCCGGAGAUAGACAUCAUCAUCGAUGCGGUGUUUGAUCACCUGACCAACUCGCCCGAGGAACGCUUAAAAAUCCCUGAAUUCCUCACGCACCUUGUCAAACACCUUCAACCGCCGGUCAAUGGAAAUCUUUCCUGUUCAUCCUACAAAAUGCUUUUCACAAGAUUGGACCUGGCCUUGCAGACCGUUCCUCUCCGCGUGAUGUCGUCCAUCACCUCCAGCAAGAUGGAACUGGCUGAGCUCCUUCCAUCUGGUUGCAUCAUCUACAGUGGAGAGUGCACUGUCACCCCAAUAAAUGCCACAGAGAUAUGUAUGGCAGUCAACAGCACUGCACUUCAGCUCCUACUGGACAACGGGACGCAUGAAGGACACCUCUGCAACUUUGCCGUGGAGCAAUUUGCGUGCGCAUCGCUGACGGCACUAACAGAUCAGGAUCUGGCUGUGAUCUUUACCUGCAACCCCUCUGGCCAUCUUCCCUUUUGGAAGCUCCUCCUCACCAAAUCUUCUCAUUUGCUGAACGAGUCUCUGGACCUUCUCACCAACAUGACAUUUAAUCCCGGGAAUUCAGCAGCCUCCGUCAUUUUGGACGCUAUCCGAGAAGUCCAAUUGGACGCCUUCCCUGGAGCCUUCAUCAAUGAUCUUGACCUGAUCAAGCUCUGGUUCAAACACAGGCUUCACCCUUUUCUGCAUGCAGUCUCUCCUGAUUUCCUGUCUUGUCUCACCACCAAGGAUUUGGAUUGCACCAGCUACCAACACAUCGUGCAGGCUCUGAGUCACGUUCAGCCAAAUAUGAGCAUUGCCGCACAGACGUCUUUUGUAUCACACUUCAUCAAGAUCUUCCUGACCCGCAAUGACACAGACGAUCCCAGCUGCAUCACCCACAGCAGCAACAGCAGCGAAUGGCUGCAGUUAAAUUUUGGCGCCUUCUCUCACCUUGUGCUCCUCAGCGAGCUUCAGAUGCUCCAUCCCAACUUCUCACCGUUCGAGGCCUUACCACAAUUAACGGUGAGACAGCUUGCUGACCUGUCCUCCACGCCGGGUGCACUCACCAGCCCUGCCCAGGUCGCCAUGGUGAUGGAGCAUGUCCCCAACCAGUCCCUGCCCACCUUCUUUGAUGACUUCUCCCCGUCGAUCAAGGGUAAAGAAAGUUUCUAUCCUGCCCCAGUGAGGUCAGCCCUAUUGGAGGUUGUGUUCGAUCGUGCGAGUCUCUCCGAACCAUCCGUCCGCGACUCCGUGGUCUCGGCGUGGCUCCGGGUUCGACUGCCCCCCUUGCUGUUCCAACUGUCGCCGCGGCAUGUUUCGCCGUUUUUCAAAAUACUGUCGGCAAAGAACUGCAGCGUCGAGCGGCAAGGAGUCAAGGAGCUCAACACCACCAUCUCAAGUCUCAGUGACCGUACACAGAAGGAAGUACACAACCACAUUGUUCAGGCUCUGAAAGGACCAGUACCUCUGCGUUGCUAUGCCAACAACCAAAGUUACUACGGCUUCCUGCAAAGUUCAUUUCUGGGCUUCCAGCUACCCAACCUGACCACCUUCCUGUCGCUCAUUCCUCAGAACAAAAGGAAUCAGUUGGUGAACUCCGUGGCUUCGUCGGAGCUUGGCAGCUACCUUCGCCAGCCUGACAUUGUUGACGAUGAUGCCGAACUUUGCUCCAUCUUCGGCAAUUACCUCGAGACGCCCUCGUUCUUGGAGAAGGAAACACUCCCAGUGGCGGUGAGGAGGCUCACGCUACCCUGCGUGUGGCCUUUGGCUCUCGGCAGCUCCAGCAGAUCGGAGGUCAAAGCCUGGUUCGACCGACGCCUCGCCAACUACUUGAAUUUCCUCACCAGGGAUCUCAUCGGAAACGUCACAACAUACAACACCUCCUGCUUGGCUUUUCAGGAAUUUGUAUCGGUUCUUGGCCUGUUCAACUUCUCUGCUGUGGACUUUGUGAGGCGAGAUGUGUUUGAUACCAUCACGAUUUACCUUAACUCAGCGUCAGCGCCCAAGUGUUACAACGCAAGUGACCCAGAGCUCAACUCAACAGCAUGGUUUGCAGAAUAUAUUGGACCGUUCAUUGAGUUUAUCACUCUGCAAGAUUUUUUCACUUUCGGCUCCCCAGAGGUUCUCCAGUUGUUCACUGUGGACCAACAGAACAUCGCCAUCUUCAACCAAACCGUCUUACCUGUCGACGUUGUGAACUACUACACAGAGCUGCUAUACAAGCAGGACAGCAACUUUAACCCCAUAUUCCUUCCUCUGUCAUUUCGCUGCUUCGUGCCAGGGAUGGCAUUCAGCCAGUUAUCGGCAGAUGAAAGCAUGCUGGUUCUGCACAACCUGACCACGCUGUGUGUUGACCUGGAUCCACAGGUAGCCGCUGCUUUGGCGGGCAAUCUCGGCGACGAGAUUGACGCCGCAUCCAUCGCAGCCCUCGGCAAAGAAAGCACCGGCAUCUCAGUGGGCCAGAUUAAAACGAUCGACGGCAAGGACUUACACGAGGCCCUGGGUACCCUAAGCAAUGUGACGGGCUGGCAUACAGGCCAGGCCAAGGCCAUUGUCUUGACUCUCCUGUCCUCGGGGCUCAUGCAGAUCAACAAUGCAUCAUCACUUUUGAUGCUGGGUUCUCUCAUCAUCGGCGUGCCCGCAAAUACUUUCAGCAACAUUGACGGGUUGGAGGUGAUCACCGCUUCCAAGGACCCAACGUUCCUGAUGCACCUCACAACCGCCCCGCGGAUCAUCCAGCUGGUGGUUGUGUCGCAGAUCAUCUCGGUGAACAGCAGCAGUGACGAUGUCGUGGAGAACAUCCCGGAUGAUUUGGCCACGGAGAUCCCCGGCUCUCUGCUUUUGGGUGUUAGCAGCACCGAGAAGGUUCUCGCCAAGCUCAACAAGAAGAAAUGGAAACGCAAGCAGGCCGAGUUGCUCUUUGAGGUCGUUGCUGUGGAAUCGGCCACAGCACUGCUGGGAAGUGCGGACAAUUUGUCGUCGUCUGUGCUGCAAGGCUUCACGUGCAGUUCAGUGAGGACGUUCCAAAAGUCGCAAGUCAAAAAGCUGAUCCGGGCGUGCCGGAGGAAAGGCAGAAACAAGGUGAAGCUGGCGGAGACUCAGCUAACCUGCAUGUACAACCACAUCAAAGAUGAGUCGGACGCCACCAGCUUUGAGCUUUACCCUCACGAUAUGCUGCUAUAUUACAAUUACUCGUUGGUGCCGCAAGACAGCUGCAGAUCUUACUUUGAAGAGCUGGCAGAAGCCGAUUUCUCUGUCUUCUCUUCGGUGCUCAGCAGCGUACCGACCGUUCUGUUUGAAAAUGCCAAGAGCUGCCUGGGUAUCACCAACCAAAGUUUGAGCGAGAACGACAUAUCCGUCUUAGGAAACAUGUGUUGCACUCUGGACGGCGUCUAUAUCAGCAACUCGGACGCAUCUAUCCUGGGAAAACUGCAAAACUGUGCGGAGCUGAGCGAGGGCCAAGUCACGGCUGUGGAAGCUCUCCUGGAGAGCGGCAAUACGACAUACGGUCCUCCGUCAAAUUGGACCAAAGGAACCUUGGAGGAUCUUGGGAUUUUACCUCUCUUUAUGACAUCUAACUUCUACGAAAACUUCAAUCGAGAAACAAAGCGGAGUUUCUUAGAGGACUUCCUGAAGCUUCUCAAGGAAAAUGGCGUGGACAAACAGAAGCGCAAGAGCCUGAAGAAAGAAAUUAGAAAGUCCAUUCGAAAUAAAGUCAAGCGAUCACUCGAAAACGAGUGCACGGUCGGAUCCAUCACGCAGGUGACCAUCAGUGAUGAGGUCUUCCCAUUUGAUUACUUCGACGUGAAUCAGUUCAACUGCUGCCUCAACGCCACCAUCGUCAGAGACAACUUGGGCAGCAUCACGGAGAAGGUGGACCAGGACGAGUACCUCAAGAUCGUGCUGGAAAAGCUGCGAGAGGCAUAUGCCGACCAUUCAAGCAUCCCGGCCGAUCAGGUGGAACUCCUGGGACAGGCGUCACGUCAAGCCACCAGUGGUGACAUCAACUUGUGGAACGUCACUCUGGUGGAUACGCUCUCCUCCCUCAUGGAUUCCUCCAACGGGCCCUGGAACUCAAGCCUGGCGAAGCAGAUCAUCACCAAAUAUCUGAGUCACGACGGGAACACACUCGGCAGUACCGAGCUCAACGUCAUCGGAGGAGACAACCUGUGUUCCCUAGACGCUAAUGUCCUACAAAGCAUUUUGGCACAAAGUCUCAGAAACGCGAGUGUCUUGAAUGUGUCCAUCUGCACUCCGGCGAAAAAACAAGCUCUUUUCGUCAUCGCUCUCAAAGCUUUUGGAGGAACCACCCGCUCAAAUGUCUCCAUUGCGGAGUAUCAGUUCAUGGAGCCGUAUCUUGGGGGCGCACCGCUGGAUUACAUUCGAACUCUGUUGACCGCCAAUAUUAACAUGAACCUGGAAACAUUCAUUUCGCUCGAUCCAUCCGCUGUUAUGGCCAUGAGUGUAGGCGACGUUCGCGAUCUUCUCGGCACCAACUUGCCCAACAUAAAAUGGUACGAAAACCAAGAGCUGGUGAGGAAAUGGAUCCAAAGCCAGAGACAGUCUGAGCUCAACCAACUGGGAGUGGGGCUUCAGGGAGGGAGAGCUGACCCCACAGUCGCGCCCACGGGCAUCACAGCCGAGCCUAACCAGCCAUCAUCGACAACUCAAAGCUCCAGUAGUACCCGUGUGAGCGCAAAGGUCAACGCACUCUUCCUCCUCCUCAUCCUCCUCUUCACUUCUAUGUGACUGACCAACUGAAGAAUAUCAAGAAAAAAAUUCAGCGAUCAACCUCAUUAUAUAACUCAGUGAUUCCCAACCGAUCAUCGGAUGUGAUGUGCGAUAUUAUCAAAUUUCAUUACUU